AAUAAAUAAAAUUAUAUAAGAAUAUCUUGACAAUAACAAAAGUUGUUGGUUUAGAUGAGUAAAUAUGAAUGUUAGAGACACGCCAUCCGAUUUGUAAUUAGAUUAGAUUUUCUUUAAUUAAUUUGAUGAAGGAAUAUAAAUUUAUUCGUGUAUAUUAAUUAACAUAAAAUCUAAGAUGAAACUUAUGUUUGUGAUGGUUUUGUUGAAAUCAAUCGGUCUAGGUCAAAUGAUGAAGGAAUUUGGAAGGAAAUAACAGGGUUGUAGAUCUGAAAAUUUUCGGGGUAUGCAGAGUAAGUGUAUAAAAUAUAAAAAUUUUAAAUAUAAUUUUAGUACAUAAAUUCUGAGGGAUGUGACCGAAUUCUUGUAGGGUAAUUAACGGAAUGAAACGAU